AUGCAUGGUGUAAAGGGUGCCUGGGUGGGCCAAACUUUUGCCCUUGCUAAGCGCAAUGAGUCUGAAGUCAGAAAAUCGAGGAUUAGCCAUUCGAAAGAGGAAAGGAAGGCAAUGGUUGAAACCUUUAUAAAGAAGUACCAAGAGUCUAACAAUGGAAGCUUCCCAUCACUUAAUCUUACCCAUAAGGAAGUUGGUGGUUGUUUCUACACAGUACGGGAGAUUGUACGAGAUAUAAUCCAGGAGAACAGAGUGUUGGGGCCUGCAAAGUCCACUUUAGAGGAGCAUCCCUCUCACCAGGUUUUGGAACAAGAUCUAUUAGGUUCAAUUGCUGUAGAUCCUAAAACUUACCUUGCUGCAUCUCCAAAUUAAAAUCAUCAUGAUCCUAGCAGUCUGCC